GCCGAGGACCGAGGGCGGGAGAGGCAGGCCCGGCCAGGCCAGGCGCGACGGAUGGAGGCGCGCGGGGAGCCGCCAGCGGAUAGAAUGAGCCAGGGUGACUCAAACCCAGCUGCAAUCCCACAUGCAGCUGAAGAUGUUCAGGGUGACGACAGGUGGAUGUCACAGCAUAACCGAUUUGUUUUGGACUGCAAGGACAAGGAGCCAGAUGUGCUGUUUGUCGGAGACUCCAUGGUGCAGCUGCUACAGCAAUAUGAGAUAUGGCGAAAGCUCUUUUCACCCCUACAUGCAUUGAAUUUUGGGAUUGGAGGGGACACAACGGGGCAUGUUUUGUGGAGACUGAAGAAUGGUGAACUGGAAAAUAUUAAGCCCAAGGUCAUUGUUAUUUGGGUUGGAACAAAUAACCAUGAAAACACAGCAGAGGAAGUAGCUGGUGGAGUAGAAGCCAUUGUGAGGGUGAUAAAUGUGCGGCAACCACAUGCCAAGAUUAUUGUACUGGGCUUGUUACCACGUGGCGAGAAACCAAAUCCGCUGCGGCAGAAGAACAGCCUGGUGAACCAACUCCUGAAGGCCUCCCUGCCCAAACUCUCCAAUGUUCAGUUGCUGGACGUGGAUGUGGGCUUUGUGCAUUCAGAUGGCACCAUCUCCUGCCACGACAUGUUUGAUUUUCUGCAUCUAACAGGCGCCGGCUAUGCCAAGGUCUGCAAGCCCCUCCAUGAACUGAUCAUGCAGCUGCUGGAGGAGACCCCUGAAGAGAAGCAGGCGACUCUGGCCUGAGCAGCCAGGCCUGGCAGUGUUCAUGGCACCC